AUGGCCACCGCGGAUGAUUGCAAGUCUUUAUUCGACUAUUUGAAGACCAUCGAUGCCAACGAACUUGAUGCACUUUAUGGACAUCCCCCAACAUGUCUUAUUGUCUUUAGGUUUGACUCGCAUCGAGACUAGCUCUUUUUUCAGAGAACUUUCGGAACUGGCAAAACAUUUGGUCCUCCGACUGUUAUUUCUUGAGCAGACAAUCCCAAAAGCAAUCGUUGCCGGUUGGGUAGCAAAGGGAUCACAGGAUGUUUUUCAGCAAGCAUGCAAAGACCUCGGCGACCUCCGUAUUUGGCACAGCAUUGAUAGCAACACCUCGCGAGGAUCUUGGCGCCUAAAUAAAAAAUUUCAAGAUUCCAUGAGAAUAUCUCUAUUUGGAGGGUAAUGGAAUCGCCCCUUUCACAUCUUUAGGGGCCAACGGUUACUUAGUGAUUUGGGGUCAGAAACGGCGGAAAAACAUCCUAAGGAUGUAGAAUUCUUGGAUAAUUACGCUGCAGAACGCUGGGAUGUAAACAUUGCUCUUACUCUUUAAAAACCAGUCAAUCCUACAUUUUAUGGUAGGAUCCGAUUCCGGUGAAGUUGGAAUUUGUAUAAGGAAAGUUCUCUUACUUUCUGGCCUGAUGAAAAGGUGACAACGUUUUUGAUGAAAUAUUUUUUGUUAGGGGAGGAUCGGACUCCACCAUCGGAAUAACACAACGUGGUUUUCAAUUUCUACUGAUGGAUAAGCCUUCCCAAGUUUUGCGCUUCAUUUUGCAUUAUUUCAAUUACCUCAGGGUAAGAUCUCAUUGUAUUCUAACGUCUUCAGGAAGAAGGCCUAAACCUGGUUGAGUCGCUGCAGUUUGUUUUCCAGUUGAGUUUCUUGUCCAUCGGAAAGGUAAGCAGUUUUGCGCUCAAGUACUUGGAGAAUAUAUUGAUCAUAACCUCCCACCAAGUACCCUGAAUUUCUGUACUGUUUUGGCCAUCUGUGAGAUAGUAUACAUGUCCUAGUACUAUUUGUGUGAGGGCAGACUUCGAGGUCAUCUGCCGGUCUUUGGAUUAAGUAACCGUCUCUCCGAGUGCGUCCCUAUCCUCGCAUCGAAGAUUUUGGCGCCAUAAUUUAGCAUGUGAACCAACUUUUGGAUGCGGAUCUUUGUACUAUUUUCUCUAACCGCGGUAACGUAUCAAACCUAAGCAGUUGGGAGUGUUUUAAUGUCGGCUGCCCAUCAUAUCGUCCUUCAGAUAUAUAUAUAUAUAUAUAUAUGUUUAUAUAUAUAUAUAAUAUGUACGCGAAUGACGCCAAACAUUUUGACGCAUCCUUAUCCAUAUCUCGUUAUGCGUGCAGUCAUCUGGGUCACGAUUUUGUCUAGGCAUUACUCCACUUGCAACAGUAACGCUUUUACCAGUUGUGAAUUUAACCGAAGAGGGGAACGCCGGGUAACAUUAAAGAGGCAACCCAUUUUGGUCAGCCGUUUCCGAUAAAUCAGGCAGAAAACUUGUCCGUUUGUAGCGUUGAUUCAGUGCGACGGUUGCCUCGUAUCACUGAACGCUGUUCCCUUAUUGCUGUACUAUAGAGUCUGCUGAUACUGUCCUUCUGUGUGCUGUCUUGCCGCACCGCAAUCCAUGUUCCUUUGUCUGUAUUGCAUUCGAUUUUAAGUCAGUAGCUUGCAAGAUUAGUGACAACUUCAAGCCACUUCUGGCUUCAUAACCAAAGUUAGUUUGUAGACGUCCCUGUUAUGGUCCUUAUCUGUGACGGUUCCUCUUUUCCGCGUCUCCAGUUGCUAGCGGGGAUGCUUGUGUGGAAAUCAAAGUCAGAUAUUCCGAUUUUCGGGGGAUGUAGGAAAACACACCGCCUCCCUAGUGCAUGCAUAGACUGGGUUAGUAGUCAAAAUUCCCAGCCUAAGUGACCAACAGUGGCAAUUCUUCUGUUGUGUAUCUGGUAUACUCGAAAUUGUAGGCAAGUGUCGCCCUUGAAGUGUGUUUUGAGCUGCAUUACCGCUUUGGUAGAUAACUUAGUUUCUUCACUUAUUCUUCUCGCAAAAUUGUAAUCUUAGUUUCUGUUAAGAAAAAAUUGCACAAGAUGGACUCCGCGACGGCGCAUUUGAGCACACGUCUAAUCGAGUUUUUCUCCAGUUUUGCUGUCAGAAAUGCCCAGCUCUCUUCUAAUGUUUAGUGUGAUUACACUGCGAAGUACAUGUGGUCAAUGUAGACUGUCAGCCACAAAUAUCCCCAAACCCUCAUGACCACAGUUCAGAAGUGUAAAAUUAACAGCGACUGAUGCGAGCAGAGCUCAACUAUUUUAUUUUCUUUGUUUGUUUAUAACUUUUCUAAAUUUUGGAAUCGCUCGAACCCAUGAACGUGUGUUUUACGUGCUGACGCCAUCAUUCGUGCCAUUCUUGGUUACAAGAUUCUAGAAAACACGAAAUUCCCAACGACUUAGACUUUUGUCCCAUUUUAUGAUUUCCUAGCAUUUAACAAUCUGAAAUUACCAGUUACCCAUAUCUUCCCGAGACUUUUUUGUUGUAUUCCAACCUUUCGUCUGAACUGAGUUUUUUUACUUUUCCCGCCAUCCUGCGCCCAUGGUCACGACCUUCUGUUAGUCAGCUGAAGGCUUGCCAAUUAUAUUACUUCGACUCUCUGAAUAUAUCCAUUUGUCGGGAAUAAUUUUUCUGUUAAAAAUUCAAGCGUGCUACUACCAUGCAUUCUGAUUGUUAGUUUUAAUGUCUAGAGUUACCCCACCGAGGUGCUGUCGGACGCUCAGCAAAAUCUUCUGCAGCACAUGAGAGAACUUGGUCUGGCCUAUCAACGCAAGCGCACGGCGCCUAGGUUCUACGUCACUCGACUAGCACUCAGUCUCUCUUUCGGUUCUUUGAGCGGCGGUAGAACCUCCAAAGGUAUCGGUAAUAUCUCGGGUGGUCUGUCUGUCGCACCAGGCGUAGCCACGGCAACAGACUCGGAUCCAAUGAGUUUAUUGCCCACGGGUGUGUCUGCCCCUGGCUUGAGAUCAGUGAGAUCGCUCUCCUUAUCAACUACUCUCGCACAUCCUGCCCCGGCUGCCGUCGCUGAGGUCGGUUACAUUCUGGUUGAAACAAACUUCCGGCUCUACGCCUACACAGGUCAGCAAGUAUGCUGUACCUCGUUUUCCCAUUUGAGUGAAUAACUUUGGCCUAGUUUCUAGUUCAAAAUAAUAUCAAUCCUGAAAGUCGUAUUACCUAUUGGCAUUCGGUUUUUAGUCCUAAACCAAUAAUCCCCGGUUAUCAGGGACGUGGUCAUAAAGAGUGAAGUCCAUUCCUGUGCAUUAAUUAAUUAAUUAACAGGCGUGUAUUUGAACUCGCCCGUUUUUGGAAAUGCACGACCCAGUCUACGCAUAUUCGUUUUGACUGGACCGAAUGUUGGGUAGACAGAUAAAUAACUGUGCAUAUAGGUCAGGUGGAUAUACCAGUUCCUGUCAGACAAGGUUGCACAAGCCCCGUUAAGGAAAUAGUGACCCUGCAGUAAUGCUGUCGCUGCCACAGUUUUUAUAGUUAUCACUACCAUUGGUAGAAGGAAGCCAAGCCUGCUAUGUCUCCACGUUCACACAACCUCUUUUCCUUGCCAGAUUCCCCUUUGAGAACAGCCCUGCUGAGCCUUUUCAGCAAAAUUCGUGUCCGUUAUCCCAAUCUCGUGGUUGCGGACAUAACCAGAGACUCGGUACGAGAAGCAUUACUCCGGGGUAUAAGUGCUAAUCAGGUCAGUCGUUUGUCUUACUAGGCAUAUUCUAACGAUAUUUCGACUGUAGGAAGCAUUUACUCAUGUUAGACUAACGACGUUUUUUUUUCAGAUAAUCUCCUUUUUGACUACCAAUGCGCACCCAGACAUGCUUCGCCAGGUACGAUUCCCCUACCAUUGCUUUAACUCUUUCUGGGCUGCCGCUCUUUGGGUCUUGGCAAACCACAUUUACCAACUAUAAAAGUGCGCGGACAGAUUGAGGACACUAGGCGCAUAAUACUGGCCAGCCUCCGUACACUUAAACUUGCUGCGACUGUGCUCAUGCCUCACUGAACAGAAAUAUCGCGGAUAUUACCAACACAAAUGCGACGACCAACUACAGCGGACUUGCGUAGCCCGGUGCACUCCCUCUAGCAGCAAAGACUUAAUGCUACAGGUCCAAAAAUAAUGAUGGACUGUGUCGAGUCAAGUCUCUAACCUAUCUCUUCGCCUCUAGUUAGGAAAUGGAAUUAGGUAAGGGGCAGCAGUACUAAGUUUUUAGGGCGGACGACCAACGGACCCAAACUAAAUAAUUUGUCUCUUACACAUGACCUGGGAAAUUCAAAUGACAUUGCAGCGAUUCUGGACCGCCUUAUCUUAGACAAAGUUGGUGCACUUUACUCAACAGACACACCGUGGCGGAUUAUUAGUUGUUCAGUUCCCAUUAUUAGCGCACAUUACCGCGCUACAUAGCGUCCAGUUUUUGAAAAUCGAACACUACUUUUGGUUCACUCGCGGACAUCGCUAUCCGCCCAGUCUAUGGGCUUUCCAUAGCACCUCCUCUCACACUGCGUUUUCUUCUAUUUAGCCUUCUAUUCUUCCGCCAACACUAAUCGACCAAGUGCGCCUGUGGGAGCUUGAGCGCGAGCGUCUUUUCGCUCAAGAGGGCUGCCUCUAUGAGCAAUUUGCCAAAAACAAGGACUUCGAGAUGGUCCGUGACUUUGCAAAGGUAAAUUUAUUAGGGUCGAACGAAGCUGCUUGUGCUUCAAAAGCUCACUACGAGUUCAUACGGCUCGUUUUACCACACAUUAGACAGGGAAACAAACAACUGACUGAUAACCGUUCGCAUAACUCGAGAGUUCUUCGAACAGUACCUGACCAUUGUGUAAAACCCUUAGCCGAUAAGGUGCCCGUUAGCCAUUAAAUUUCCGUUGGCACCCGGCCUCGUGCCAUCUCUUGUUAAAAGUCCCCUAAUUACAGAUAGAUCCUCACUAAUGAUAAUUUCUGUUGAGUAAGUCAACUGGAUCCACGUUGGACUACUCCAUUUACUUUCAAUGGCUAGGGGUCGUUCACGAAGACUUACACUGCGCCUUUGCUCACUAGGAUUUUUAAGGUUUAACAGAAACCAAAAUUGUUUAGUCCCUUACAGUGUUACAACCUCUGAACACAAUUCUGACGUACCCGCUGCCUCUGUUUUAGAGUCAAGGCUUCCUUCUCUGGGAAUGUCCUGAUAGGCGACUUAUGGUAGUCUCUAAAACCGGCCACGAGGACGUGCGAAAAUUCUGGAGACAAAAUCGCCCUUGA